UUCUGCCUACCCAAGGCCGCUGCUGUGCGGAGACCCCGGGGGAAGCCACCGUCACCAUGUCUGACCAGGAGGCAAAACUUUCAACUGAGGACUUGGGGGAUAAGAAGGAAGGAGAAUAUAUUAAACUCAAAGUCACAGGACAGGAGAGCAGUGAGAUUUACUUCAAAGUGAAAAUGACAACACAUCUCAAGAAACUCAAAGAAUCACACUGUCAAAGACAGGAAGUUCCCAUGAAUUCACCCAGGUUUCUCUUUGAAGGUCAGAGAAUUGCUGAUAAUCAUACUCCAAAAGAACUGGGAAUAGAGGGAGAAGAUGUGAUUGAAGUUUAUCAGGAACAAACAGGGGGUCAUUCAACAGUUUAGAUAUUUUUAUUUUUUUUAUU